GAACAGAAACCAAUUCAUAUGCUGCCGCAUGAUUGAUUUUAAAGAAUGGGCAUCAAAUCAAACAAACCUUGUUUACAUAGGAACAUGUACUGGUUUGAAUACCACCAUAGAUAUUCGCAAUUUUAACAUGACAGGCUGCAUAAUUCCAGGAUGGAGCCUUUGGUUCAACUCCUCAUGUUCUGUUACUUGUGGAGAUGGUGUGAUAGUGAAAACCAGAACAUGUGACAAUCCCCCACCGUCUGACGAUGGACUGAAAUGUGUUGGUUCCAGAACUGAAACAUCACUUUGCAACUUAGGAAAAUGUCCAGAAUCAUGCCGUCACUCAAACAAAGGAUCCAACAACAAAUCAGUAGACAAUUUGGACAAUAAAUCAGGAAAAAAACUGCGUAAAUUGAAAGCCAUGAACCAAAAAAGAAGGGACAAGUUUGAUUGGAAAAAAUAAAAACAAAGUGGAUCGAUUUCAUUCUUAUAUAAAACUGAGGGACAAUUCUAACAUGGUUUGAAUUUUAUCAUCAUCAUUGUUGGAAAAGUCAUUCUUUGCUUUCGUUUGAAAUUUUAACUUUCGAUAUCUUAGAUACAAUCUGUGUGGUUUAUUUUCUCUCGAGUGCAAACUUACUUAGUCUUACUUGUAUGUUGUAAUCUUGAAUUCAGUUAUUAGGUUAGAUGAGUUUUAUUGGACCACCUAUUAUAGCAUUGCAUCUGUUUAUUAAUAAUAUGUAUGACAUUAAAUUUGUAAAAGUGUGUGAGAAUAAACGUUUUGUUAUAUCGUUUGAGGGUGUUUUGUGGGAUAUACAUUAGCUACAUGUUACAUUUUUUUGGUGAUAUUUUGUGGGAAUAUUCAUUGGUAUUUUCAACUUGUAUUUGAAUAAUUGAUAUAUGUGAUUUUUUUCUCCAUAAAUGCGGG